AUGAUCAUAUAUUCAAAAUUCAAUAUAAUAAUAAUAUUGCUCGUAUAUUUUUACAAUAAAAUUGCAACUAUAUUAUGCAUAAACUGCGAGAACCAUGAAUGUAAAAAUGAUUGUUACGUCUUAGAUAAUGAUAAACAGGUAUGCUUAUGUAAUGAAAAUGAGAAGGGGAUACAUUGUAAAGAGACGUGGAACAUUUGUGAACAAGAUUGUAAUAUAAACAACGCGACUGAAUCUUGCGCGGUUGCACUAUGUAAGCAAGGAACAUGCGUACCGACAGCAAACAAACCUUAUUAUAAAUGUGAAUGUGGUGAUUUCUUUCAAGGUGCAAAUUGUGAAAUUGAAAAUAACCCAUGUUCAUUCCCAGAAACAAACCCAUGCUUAAAUGGUAAAUGUAUUUUUAUUACAAAACUAAAUAGGAUUAUUUGCGAAUGUAAUAAUGGAUGGACACAAAAAAAUCAGCAAAAUCCAUCUAUGCUACCAUGGGGAAAACAAAAAGUAGAAGUGUCACCUCCUUGUGAUGAGCCAAUAAAAAAAGGAUUGUCACGAUAUGUAAUUCAUUAUACCCCAGGUAAAAUUAACAAUUAUUACUUAUUAAUUUAUAAAGACGCGAUGAAUGAUCAGUUUUGUGCAUAUACAUAUAUAUAUGCAAACUAA